AUGAAUGCAAAUAUUGAUCCAUGUAAUGAUUUCUAUGAAUUUGCUUGUGGUAAGUGGAUCAAACAACAUCCGAUACCUGAUGAUGCACCAUCGGUGUCAAAUUUCGAAAAUCUUGGCCAGGAUCUCGAAUUUGCUCUAAAAGGUUUUAUUUAUAAAGGUUUCACAGCUGCAGUAACGAUGAAUAUUUUAGAACUUCUUGAAGGAGAUUAUGUUGAAAAUGUUGAUGGUAAAGCGGUAAUGAAAGCAAAACGUUUCUACGAACUUUGCCUGAAUGAAUCUGCAAUUUUUAAUACAUGGAGAAAAGCCUUCGAUAAUGCAGUGAAUGAUUUUGGCGGUUGGCCUAGUUUAGAAUCCAGAGAAGCCCAACCAAGAACUUCAAUAGAAUAUUUAUAUGGUGUUAUGGUCGCGAAAUUUAGGGCUGAUUCACUUUUUAAGGCGACCGUUCAACCUGAUGAUAAAAAUUCAUCACAGCAUGUGCUUUUGAUAGAUCAACCAGCAUUAAAUUUAUUCGCUCGCGAUUUUUAUAUUCUUUCUGACACCCAAGAAGAACGCUUAGCAUAUAUGACACUUGUCAGAGACGUUUUAUUGCUUCUUGAUGCUCAACUCGAAGUAUCAAAUCGCGAUUCAGAUGAAAUCUUAAGAUUUGAAACUGAUUUAGCUAAUAUAACGAUGGCUGAUGAUCAAAGGCAUGAUAUUGCUGAACUUUAUAGCAAAUUAACAAUUGGAAAAAUGCGGAGAGAUUUCCCAAACUUUAAUUGGCUUGAAUUUUUUAAUGUUGUUUUCAAAGAUAUUCGGACUCGUGAAGGUAAUACGAUAAGAUUUAAUGAUUCGACCAUUGUUGUCAUUUAUGGUCUUGAUUUUAUGCAUCGACUUGAUCAACUCUUACCGAAAUAUGAGAAAAGGCUUGUCUUUUUAGUUGUUAUCAAUUAUUUAUCAUGGUGCUGGUUUUUUAAAGCAAUGCUAAGGGAUUUGCCUGAUCCAUUCGCGCUAACGAUGUUUAAAUUUUAUCGAAGUUUAAAUCUGAUGCAAGUACCUAAAUUACGAUGGCAUGGAUGUGUAACACGUAUUAAUAGUCUGAUGCCCAUGGCCACUUCAAGCAUUUAUAUUCGGAAUCAUUUUGACCAUGAGGCCAAAAAACAGGUUGAAGGAAUGAUUGAUUUAAUAAUGGAAGCAUUCUUGGAGAUUCUUGAAACUGAAGACUGGCUUACUUCAGCAACGAAAUCGUUUGCAAGGCAAAAGGCAAGUAUAAAUAUUUUUUCUGGUUUCAUAGUUGAAAAAAUGAGCCGAAAAAUUGGUUACCCGGAUUAUUUAAACAAUUCAUCGCUAGUUGACGAAGAAUAUCAAGAAUACACCGUAACUGAUGGUGAUUAUUACAAAACGAAAUUCCAGUUUUAUGAAAUGUAUCAAAAAGAUAUUCUUGGUCGAAUUGUGCAGGAAGUCGAUCGCGAAAGAUGGGUUGCUGGUGCAGCUCUCGUUAAUGCAUUCUAUAGCCCCAAUACCAAUGAAAUAAUUUUUCCCGCCGGCAUUUUACAACCAGUUUUCUAUGAUAAAUCUUUUCCGCGAGCAAUGAAUUUCGGUGGUAUUGGAGUUGUGAUUGGUCAUGAAAUAACUCACGGAUUUGAUGAUCGUGGAAGAUUAUAUGACAAAAGAGGCAAUAUUCGUCAGUGGUGGGAUAAUGUUACAAUCGAAAAAUUUGAAAGUAAAGCUCAGUGCAUCGAAGAUCAGUAUUCAGCAUAUGUUCUCGACCAAAUCAGUAUGAAAAUUAAUGGAAGAAGUACCAAGGGUGAAAAUAUCGCCGAUAACGGCGGGUUGAAGCAAGCUUACCGAGCAUAUAAGAAAUAUGAAGCGACUCAUGGAGAAGAGAAAAUGCGAUUGCCUGGGCUUAAUCUAACUAAUGACCAACUUUUUUUUCUUAAUUAUGCUCAAAUAUGGUGUGGAACAAUGAAUGACAAAGAAGCAGUUAGGAAACUUCGAACAUCAGAGCACUCGCCAGGGCCAAUCAGAGUAAAAGGACCACUUUCGAAUUCCGAAGAUUUCUCGCUUGCAUACAGUUGUCCUUUGGGUUCGCCGAUGAAUCCAAGACAUAAAUGCAGAGUUUGGUAA